AUGUCUCUUACCAUCGACGAUAACCAAAUUGACCUUCAUACCUCAAGCAAGAAUACAGUCGGAAAACCGACUGUCACCCCAUCGUGGUCGAUAAACCAACAUCGACGCCAGAAUUCUCCGACCACGGCAUACCCCCCGAGGAUAAGUACAGGAACAGGACAAUCUGCCACCCAGCCAGUUAUUCCCAACCCGGAAGUUUUCCGCGGUCUCACAUCGCUCCUAACAGGGGACUUUCAGAAUGGAUCACCCGCCUCUUCCAGUGCCAGUCUCCCAACGGUGGCGGAAUGUGCCGUCCAUCUUGAACUGCUUCUCUGCAUCUCCACUCUGCACUAUACGGUUGAUCAAUCUAGAUCCCUGGACCGAGCCUUCACCAUUUUUCCACGGCCAAGAACGGUCCAAUGGCGACAUAGAACGAAGAGGCUGAAGGACUCGACAUUCGACACCCGAAGGAAGCGGAAAUGGCCUACGUACCUGAAUAUGGCGGUCAAACGAUUUUUGGUCUGGAUCAGCGCUAUUGAUGCAAAGCUAGCGGCAUUAGAUCAGACCAGACGGAUGGGAUUCUUCCCACCGCCGCUCGAUAUCUUAAUGGUUUGGCAUGCCGUCCUUUUAAACCCAAGCUACUAUGUCAAAUUUUGCCAGGCCCACGACCUGAUGACUGUCGUCCAAGUUGGGUUCCCUUGGAAAGAGAUCCACGAGGCAAUCAACUCUGAAAACUAUGCAUUCACACCCCCAACGCCCGCCCUCGAGAAAUUCCAGGAAAUGACUGGUCUCGAGCCUGACCUAUUCGAAAGCAUCUGCCAUCACAGCGUUUCCGAGCCCGUGGCAAUCAAACUCGCAGGGCUCAUCGAGAGCACCAUUCCGAGAUUGGAGGUCUACGAAUCAAAACAUGUGUACGAAAAGGAUCUGCUGCCGGGCGGCAAGGCGUUCCUGGGCCUGCUUGACAAAGGCAACGAUGCCAACAACCUGACCGUCAAGGACAUCGCGGACGCAGUGACAAGGCAACUUUCAUUUUGCCAGAAGAUGGAACUACAGCUCUGGAUCCGGAGUCCUGCAGCCCUGGGGACCCUGACCCGGGCACGAGCCCGCUAUGGCCGGUUCCUGCAGCUCUUCAAGUUGUAUCCCCAUACCAUGCUCGUUCCGACUUUGGACAUCGAUCUCGUAUGGCACACGCAUCAACUCUCUCAUCAACGGUAUACCAUCGCAACGGCGGUUUUAGCAGGUGAUUUCAUCGAUCACGACGACAAGCUGGGAAAGACCACGUUGAACAACGGUAUGGAACGCACGGAGAGCCUAUACCGGAUUCGAUUCGGGGCCAAGUAUCAUAUUUGUACCUGCUGGGAUUGCGAAGCCCUAGUGUCGGCGUUGGAGAAGGCAGAUCUGGAGGACAGUGAUAACAACACUGAGACACCUGCUGACAUCGAGAGUCUUGUAAAUCAAGUUUCUGCCGAUGUCCAAUAUUACCGCACGGCGGAGAAAGCCCGACGGACUUGGGUGGCCGGCCCCCAACGGUGA